AUGCGUGCCGCCACCGCCGCCGCGGCCCUUUUGGCCGCCGUCCUCCUCCUGGCCGGUGCCGCUGAUGCGGCCGGCAUCCAGAAGAUUGUCCUGCUGGCCUUGCAGAGCCCCCAGGAUCCGAACCAGGUCUCGCAGGUCAGAUUGACCCUGCUAGAGUCGUUGGCCAAAUUCGGUGAUGCGAACCCCAACACCAUCUCUUUCCGGGUUGUCAUCAGGGACACGAGCGUGCUGCCUGCUCCCGCCAACAGCAAGAAGUGGGAGGGCAAGAAGGCUGGCACCUACGUGAGCUACGACAUCAUCGCCAUCUUGAGGUUCCCCUCUGCCGAGGCCUUCAGCACCUACACGGCAUGGAAGCAGGCCAACCAGGACGCGCUCAAGGGCCUGCCCAUCGUCGGCAAGGCCAGCUUUGUCUCCGCCGCCUACGACUAA